AUGGCGGUACCCGAGUAUCGCGAUGAAGUCUCCAUCACACUCUCCAUCGCUGACCCCCCGCCCAGCUUCUCAUUUCCAACUCGCCGCAUCUUUCUCAGCAAAAAGAACCCAACCAUCGAAAUCGGUCGAACUUCCAAAAGAAAUGGAGCUUUUGAAGCUGCCAAGAGCAAUACUUGGUUCGAUUCACCAGUCAUGUCUCGAAAACAUGCACUCUUCACCCUUGACGCCGACAAACAGAAACUUUAUGUCAAGGACACGGGUUCUCUCCAUGGGACCUAUAAAAACGACGUCCGCCUCGAGACGAACGUGAACCAUGAAGUGGCCAGUGGCGACAAGCUCAAAUUUGGUGCUUUCAUUGAACGACCCCAGGAUAAACACUACCCUUGUGCUAUGAUAGUCCGUCAGACAUACGGCUCCAUCAACCCCGAACUGCGCGGCAAUAGCUUCCGCGUUCCUGAGGAUAGCGACAUCGAAUCUCUCAUCAGUGACGAAGACCAAGUGAGCAAUAGCUACGAGAUGUUGCGCGCAAAUAAAUUUGUCCCUGCCAGAAUGGCUACUUCAUCUCUUGGCCAUGGUCCGAUCGACUUGACAAUGGAUGAUCAAUAUCCUCUUUCCAAUGUUAGGAAUGGAACUGAGACUUUCGACAACUGUCCUCAUAUUCUGGAGAUACAUUCCCCCAAGCUGCCAGAACCUGUUUCUGUCUUGGGCCACGAGUUCUCCGAUCUUGAGGAAGAGCCUGAAGAAGCGGAAAACGUCUUAUCACCAAACUCUAUGGACACAGACGACUCUGAUGGUGACAUUUCAGAAGAUUGCCAGAGUGUCGACUAUGCAAUGUCAUCCGUUGCAGGGGACUCUAUUGCCGAUGAAGAAGAAGACUUUGCAGAGCAUGACGAGUUUGAAGAAGAGCAAGUCCACACUCAGGAACCUGCUCCUCAAGAGAACGGCCACAUUGAAGAGGAUACCAUCAUGGCAUCUGUAAUGAGCGAGAACUCCGAAAAGACCCCUGCGCAGCUCUUGGCCGACCCUAUGAGCAUCCAGACCCGUGGUGCUCCUCAGCAACUUGAUGGUACCAACCUCACCCAGUUGGACAAGAGUCACUAUGCAUGGAAAUCAGACCUUGCUCCAAUGAUGUCGAUUAACGGCACGUCGUCCCUGAAGCUUCCACCGAUUUCAGAAGCAGUCUUCGACACAUACAACCAUGAGACGAUCACACACUCUACCGCUGAGGUGGUCGGCAGGAAGCAUGGAAAGUACGAGUUCUUCGCCGCUAGAGAAGCCAAUGCUGCAGCUGCCCGCGCGCAACCACAAGCUCAACCCAUGGACCCGGUCUGUCAGGCACCAGUCCAAGAACACUAUGUCUUGCAGGCAGGGAUGGAAAACAAAAUCCCCGUGCACUUAGAAGAUGAGCUCCAACCGCCCACAGAUGAAACUCAACCUCGCGCUUCCGAUUUGGUGUCCUCUGGUCUUAGAUAUCUGGCAACGCCCCCUGAGCACGUCGAAUUCCUCAACACAUCUGCGGAGCCAGAGUUGGACGACUCAUCCGCCUGGGCCUUUCAAGAGAGCAAGAAGUCAUCUGGUGUCGAAGUCACAACCGAGGCAACUGAGAAGGUGAUGGUUCAAGAGAAUGAUACAGAUGCUGUAGAGGACGGCGAUGCCCAGCCAGCUGAAGCUUUAGAAGCAGCCGAACUGGCCAAACCAGUUGAAGCCGCGGAGCCAGCGAAACCGGUCGAAGCCGCAAAGGCAGCUGAACCUGUGAAGAUUCCGGUGCCAGAAUCUACUGCUACCAAGAGAAAGGCCGAUGAAAUCUCUCAGCUUACCCCUGAAGAAGAACAAAUGUGUAACGACCGCCAAUCUCGUCCACAGGCGCACCACCGAGAGGUGCAGACGAGUGCAAUGCCUCGCCACAUUGCAGCGUUGGGACUCCCACCAAGCAAACGUCUCCGUCGUAUGGCAGAAGCAGUUGGGUAUGUCGCCCUUGGAGGAGCUGCUGUCAUGUCGGUGCUUAUUGCUACGGCGCCUGCUCUAUAA